UUCAAAGUAAAAGCAUUCAUAUUUACACCUUUUGCACAUGCUCAGUUAUCAACCUUAAUAGAAGCAGCUGCCGCCAUUUGCGUGUAUGCUAUGUGAACACUGGUUUGCUAGUCUGCUGCUACUCCCAAUAUGAACACAAGUGUUACUGAGCAAGCGCAAGUUGUACAUCCUAAUGCUUCAGUAGGGACAACUAAAGCAGAAACGAGCCAGAAAUCUCAUUUUCUAGCACCAAUAACUUCAUGCAAAAUGGACAGAAGGUGUGUUAAAAAAAUAAAUAAAUGCUAGUCUGUUCCUCUAACAUAAACUUUGUUUUGCUAUUCAGUGGGUAUUUUAAUAGUGUUUGUACAACAUAUACAUCUACCACGCUGGAACCUCACACAAUUUAUCUUCUUUUGUAGGUGAUGCAAGCAUGGGUCCCUCCUCUGCUCCUUAUUCCCAUUUGUCUGCACACACAAACUUUCUAAUGGAUAAUUUUACCGCCGUUACAGAAUUCUUCAGUACAGGUACAUCUAACAUCUCAGAAUGCUCAGCAGAUGAGAGAUCAUUAGAUGUGGCCUUAGCAGUAUUAUAUGGAAUUGUUUUUAUCAUUGGGCUGACGGGUAACGUUUUAGCCUUGUAUGUUUUCCUGUGCAUCCACAGCAAAAGAAAUUCCAUCCAAGUGUACCUCCUCAACACAGCCAUAGCAGAUCUGUUAAUGAUUUUCUGCCUUCCCUUUCGGAUAGCGUAUCAUCUUUUACGCAAGUGGAAUUUGGGUGUUGUUUUCUGCAAAGUCAUCGGUAACUUGUUUUACAUGAACAUGUACAUGAGCAUCGUCCUUCUGGGCCUAAUAAGCAUAGAUCGUUAUGUUAAAGUUAAAAAGUCCCUGCGGCGCCACAAAGCGCCCAACAGAAAAUGCAGCAUUCGGAUUUGCUGCUGUUUGUGGGCCGUAGCAACCGUUGCCGUCAUUUUUCUCAUUGUUAAUCAGUCAACGAAAGAAAACACAAACGGGAACCUGUGCUUCUACUACACGGACAAAAAGGAUGUAGUUUGGCAAGCAGCAUUCAACUACCUAGUUGUGCUGAUCUUCUGGCUUGUUUUCCUUUCACUGAUUUUGUCUUAUGUGAAAAUUGCAAAGAACCUUUUCAGAAUAUCCAGGGAAAGAUCUCAUCUCCCAAGUGCUGGAAAAUAUAUUGGCACGGCGCAGAAAUCCUUCUUUGUGCUUUUCAUCUUCACUGUAUGCUUUGUGCCUUACCAUACGUUUAGAAUUUUCUAUAUCGCGUCUCAGCUGCAGAAUACUUCCUGCUAUUGGACCGACGUCAUUCACAAAACCAAUGAGAUAAUGCUGGUCUUGUCUGCUCUGAACAGUUGUCUAGAUCCAAUCAUGUAUUUCCUACUCUCUCGAAGCAUCCGGAAAACUGUAUUUCAGCUGAUCUGCAGAGUUAGAGGAGACUCCGGGAGGAGCGAGAGCAAUACUUCGGAUAUGCAUCAGGGACAUACUUUGAAUGAAAAUGUUUGUGUGCCAACUCCCAGCACUCACUCCCACAGCACAAUUGGUUCCAAGCUUAGCAAAAACAAGGGUUUUGGAUAAAGGAAACCGAUAAUUGUACUUGCCCUGCUCCAUGAUCAACCGUAAAAGUAAUGGCAAACAGAAUAUAGUGGAUUAUAGUUGAACUGUCAAAAAAAGAAAAAACCCCAAAAACAUGAAGUUGUUAUUCUGGAAAGACCGCAAAAUGCUUACAUCGUACUACAUCAACUUUAUGCAUGCUAGAAAGGCACGUGAUUUUUACUUAGUGAUUUGUAUCACAGGACAACAUCUUAAUAGAUGAUACGGUUAUUAAGCCUAACUUUAAG